AUGGCGACCUCACUGGUGGCGGCGGCGGAGACGGCGCUGGAGGAUCUGCCGGAGGAUGCGCUGCUCGCGAUCCUGGCCUUCCUCGCGCCGGCCGACGCUGCCGCCGCCGCCUGCACCUGUCGCGCCCUCUUCGCCGCGGCGUCUUCCCCGGCGCUCCCGCUCGCGCUCGCGCUCCGCCUCGGCCUCCCGCCCCCGCGGCCCUCCCCGGAGGCCUGCCCGGCCUCCGUGCGUCGCCUCUUCCGCUCCCUCCACCGGCUACGCCGCCUCCUCGGCCUUUGGCGCCGCCUCCCCUCCUCCCACUCCGGCUCGCCAUCCCUCGUCGCGUUCGAGUGGGCUCCGCGCGCCACUCUCGCGGCCUCCCUCCUCGCACCCUCCAAGCGCGGCCUCGCCGUCUCCAAGUCCCCUUUUGUGACGCUCUCCGUGGCGGAAUCCGGUGACACGGUGGCGGCUCUCGGAGAGGUUCCGGUCUGCGUCAACUUCGUCGGGGACAACCACAUUGUGGUGGAGGCGGCGUCGGGGGAAGAUGAGGAGGAGGGGAUGGAAGGAGGAUCGCCGCCGGAGGAGAUGUAUAUGCAUUUCGCGAACCGUAGGAGCCCCGGGGCAGGGAGGAGAAGGCGGGAGAGGCAGGGAAGGAGGAAAGGUGGUCGAAUGGAGCCUGAACACUUUGUGAGGAUUCCAGAUGCUGAGCCAACCAAAGCGCGGCCGCUGCAGGGCCUGUGGAAGGGUGUAUGCGAGAAUAAGACUCUGGAAUUUUACAUUAUCAGCUAUGACGACAUUGGUGGAAUGACUUGUCGACGAGUUAGUGAGAAUAGGGGCCAAAACUCAGGCUACUCCCCUGUCUUCUGGACUACAGAUGCUACAUUUCUUGAACCACCAUUCUCUGAACAGGAGCUGGACCGUUAUAGUUGCCUUGAGCAUAUUCAAGUUGUUACUUGUGGCCAUACAGAGACAUGGAACAAAGCAGUCUCUCGGAUAUUGUGCAUCAAUUCAAGUUUUGACCUAGUUCAUCCUCAUCUGUUAGCUCCCUUCGAUGAUACCAGUAAUGUAGAGGGGAGGAUUUGGCUUUAUGAAGAUGGAACCUUUGGGUUCGGAUUCACCGGAAGCAAUUCAAUUAUAGAUCUCAACCAUGUCUCCAUGGAUGGUUGUAUUAUUGAUACUUCAUACUAA